ACGUAUCUUCUUCCUUUUUCUUUUCCUUAAUAUUCAGAAGCGAAUUUGACUGUAUUGGUGUCCAAACGCUACGCAGCUACUAGGUCCUUUUUCUUCCUUCCGUGUUCUUUGCGUCCUCACCACACCACACUCCAAAAUCUCCUUUUUCUUGUCUUUUUAUUCUCUUUUCUGCUUGAUUUCUACGCUUUUACCUUUCUUUUUGUUGAAGAGAGAGAGAAUAAUGGCGUUGGUGAAGUCCCCAAAGAAGCAGGUGAACCUCUUCUACUCCCUUGACUGUGAAGAACUUGCCCACAAGGUUGCUCUCUUAUCUCCCCACAUCAUUCUCCAGAACAUCAAAUGGAGGUCAUUUGCCGAUGGGUUUCCAAAUUUAUAUAUAAAUAAUGCCGAAGAACUCCGAGGCCAACAUGUUGCUUUUUUGGCAUCUUUCAGCUCCCCAGCACAUGUCUUUGAACAACUUUCUGUCAUAUAUGCACUCCCUCGUCUAUUUGUUGCUUCCUUCACAUUGGUAUUGCCUUUCUUUCCAACUGGAUCUUUUGAGCGAAUGGAGGAAGAAGGAGAUGUAGCAACUGCCUUCACCCUUGCAAGGAUGUUGUCAAAUAUUCCAAUUUCAAGAGGAGGCCCGACUAGCUUAGUCAUAUAUGACAUCCAUGCCUUGCAGGAGAGGUUUUAUUUUGGAGAUGAAGUCCUGCCUUUGUUUGAGACGGGUAUUCCUCUCUUAAGGCAACGUCUGAGCCAGCUUCCCGAUGCUGAUAAUGUAGUUAUUGCAUUUCCAGAUGAUGGUGCAUGGAAGCGAUUCCACAAGCUGUUUGAUAAUUUUUCAGUGGUUGUAUGUACUAAGGUUCGUGAAGGUGACAAGAGGAUAGUUCGGCUCAAGGAAGGCCAUGUCUCUGGUCAUCAUGUAGUCAUUGUUGAUGAUUUGGUCCAAUCUGGAGGCACCUUGAUUGAGUGUCAGAAAGUUUUGGCAGCCAAUGGUGCAGCAAAGGUGAGUGCCUAUGUCACCCACGGAGUGUUCCCUAACAAAUCAUGGGAGCGAUUCAUUCAUAAAAAUGGGUCCUUGGAGAAGGCAUUUUCCUACUUCUGGAUCACAGAUUCUUGCCCUCUUACUGUCAAAGCUAUUGCAAAUAAAGCUCCUUUUGAAGUAUUGAGUCUAGCCGGGUCUAUUGCCGAUGCUUUACAAAUAUGAGGGCAAAAUUUAUUCAAGAGGAAAAAACAUUGAACUGUUAAAAGGAAGUCCAAUUUUUAUCCCUGUUUAACAUUACAAUAACAUCCUUUCACUUGUACUAUGCAUUGCUUUGAGCUUUAGCACAAAGAAAUUUGUGAGUUUAAUUUCUUAUGUUCUAGACUGUACUGUAACCUGAGUUGGGUUGAGUAUAAUCUUCUAAUCUUACCUUAAUAUUUUACUCA